CCGUUCCUUUCUGCAAGAGAACAACCUUGCGGGAUCAGUCCAGAGGGCUGCUUUCUGGUCUGUAAACAUUCCUUUUGGAAAGUGGAUAUCAGCUGAAGAUAAAGUAAAAAGAUUUUGAUUAGAGGCUGCUUUGGAAUAGCCAGGAUUUUCAGUGGUCCCUGGGUCCUUCUAGGACAAGCCCAGCUACAAUCUGUCGGCAGAACAGUCUCUGACGGCUCUCUCCUGUCUCACCAUCACCUCCUGGCAUAAGCCGUGUCAUCUCUUGCCUGGAUGAUUGAAGUGGCCGUCUAACUGGACUUUCUUUUCUUCCUUUUUACCGCCUGAUGAUCUCACCUUAAAACAGGACCUUCAUCAGCUCAACUUAAAUACCUCCAAUGGCUAACGAAGCUCAUCCCUGUCCCUGCGACAUUGGCCAUAGGCUGGACUAUGGAGGGAUGGGAUGUGAAGUUCAGGUCGAGCACAUAAAGGCGUAUGUCACCAAAUCCCCCGUUGACACAGGCAAAGCUGUGAUUGUCAUUCAAGAUAUAUACGGCUGGCAAUUGCCUAAUACCAGGUAUAUGGCUGACAUGAUCGCUGGAAAUGGAUACACAACCAUCGUUCCAGACUUCUUUGUAGGGCAGGAGCCAUGGCACCCCUCUGAUGACAUGUCCACCAUCUUCGAGUGGUUGAAAACGAGAGAUGCCAGAAAGAUUGAUAAAGAGGUUGAUGCUGUCUUGAAGUAUCUGAAACAACAGUGUCAUGCCCAGAAAAUUGGCGUCGUGGGAUUCUGCUGGGGUGGAGUUGCUGUCCAUCAUGUGAUGAUGAAAUACUCAGAAUUCAGGGCAGGGGUGUCCGUCUACGGCAUCAUCAAGGAUUCUGAAGACAUUCACAGUUUAAAGAACCCCACACUGUUCAUUUUUGCUGAAAACGAUGCUGUGAUUCCACUCGAGCAAGUCGCUAUGCUGACGCAGAAGUUGAAAGCACACUGCAAAGUUGAGUAUCAAAUUAAAACAUUUUCCGGGCAAACUCACGGGUUUGUGCAUCGCAAGAGAGAAGAUUGUUCACCUGCCGACAAGCCCUAUAUUGAUGAGGCAAGAAGGAAUUUAGUCGAGUGGCUGAACAAGUACAUUUAGCAGUAAUCAACUGAAAAAAGCUUUCAUCCAAAAGUUUGCUUUGAAAUACUUAGAUCAUUUGAUUUAAUUUUCACUUUGUAAGACAGAUGGAGGAAUCCUGACAUUCAUUAUUUCAUCUGAAACACAAAUUCAAUAGGAAAUGUGAAUGUAUAAAAUGAUUUAAUUUUUAAUAUGCACAUCAAAUAAAAUGUAAAAAAUAGGAAGAAUUUAAAUGUUGAAGGCAUACUCUCAUUAUUAGUAAAAGCCUAGGGCUAUUCAGGGACCAGCUGACAGCUCAGGUGUGGCCUUUCUGGUCUUUAAUUGAACAAAUCCUUUAAAGUGACUGGUGCGGCAAAGCCAUGAACACGCACUGUAAACUGGGGUAGAUGAAGAGCCCAACUUAAUUGGACAUUUAUCUUUGUCUUAAGAGAGCUGAAUUUGUCACAUUUAUAUAUUGCAAUAUGAGAAGUAUUCAGAUUAAAAUCGGGUUUCAGUGAUCUAAUUGUAGCACACCAAUAAACUAAUUUUUUUGAAUUUUUGAA